AGUAUCACGUGAACCAUUUUGGCCACGAGGGCUCCCAUCCUUGAGGGAUGAAAGGGUUUCUAGAUGAUUAAGAUGAAGCUGGUAAAGCCUGGACUGUUUAUUGGCACAAGAGAAGAUGCUAACAACAUAGAAAACCUUAGACAAUGUAAUAUAAACCGUAUAUUGACUAUUGACAGUCAAGUGCCUGAUGAACGUCAUGUAGCAGUGACAGACAACAAGAUUACAAGGUUACAUGUUGACUGUCUGGACGAACCAACUGCUGACCUUCUCUCUUUAUUUGAUCGAUGUAUUCAGUUUAUUGAAGAGGGAAUAAGAAAUAAUGAAACAGUUCUUGUCCACUGUCUUUCAGGGGUGUCUCGAAGUGUCACCAUUAUCCUUGCAUACCUUAUGAAAACUGAAAGUCUAACAUUAGAUAAAGCUGUUAGCAGAUUAAAACAAGUUUAUUAUGAAGAUAAAGUCAACCCAAAUCCUGGAUUUAUGAAGCAGCUCAGACUUUACGAAGUAAUGGAAAAUACGGUUGAUGAAUCUAGUAAAGUUUUUAAACAAUUCAAACUAAAAUUGCUUGCUGAUCAAAUUAAAGAAAAUGGUGCUGCCAAUAAAGAGCUGAUGACUGAAUUCCUGAAGGAAGCCACAUCCAGGAAUGCUAUGACUACUGCUUCCAAUGAUUUACAACAAUACAAGUGCAAAAAGUGCAGAAUUACACUAUUUCAUUCAACAAGUAUUGUCGAACAUGACCCAAAUCAAGGGUCUCAUUUAUUUGGCUGGCAAAAGCCAACCAGCCAGACAACUGGCCUAGCUAAUACCAACAAUGUGGCCUGUACUUCAGUAUUUAUUGAUCCUGUUGAAUGGAUGUCAUCAUUUCUGCUAGGAUCUAUUGAGGGAAAGCUGCUUUGUCCAAAGUGUAACUGUAGAUUGGGAUCUUUCAACUGGUCAGGAAUGCAAUGCUCUUGUGCUGCAUGGAUAACACCAGCCUUUCAGUUCCAUAAAAACAAGAUAGACCAAGUUUUAAAAAUAAAUGCAAUACCAUCACAUACAUGACCAAACCUACAAUAAUAUACAUAAUAUAGAAAU